AUGUCUGGCUCGGAUAUUGUUUCCACGCUGAACCUCCUCAUCAAGCUCGGGUCAGAAAUUAAGACCCGACUUGACUCGUUCAACCAAGCUGCCGAGGACCUUCAACUGCUGACCACCAGCCUUAUACUUUUGUUGAAGGUUUUUGAGAAUCCCAUAAACGAGGACAUCAUAAAGACCCAUGGGUCGGAGUUUAUGAAUAUCCUGGAUAUCCUACAAAGCAUUGCAUAUACAUGCACAAAAUGCGCGAAGGCCCUGGACAUUGACCUUGCUGGAACAAUAACUGCGAGUAAGAACCUAGAAGCGCGUGGCAAGAAAUUUGUCCAGCGGAUACGGGCUUUCAGCAGGAUGCCUGACCUUCUUGCUGAAAUUAAACGCAAGACCGAACAACUUGAAAAGGUAUGCAGCGCAGUGUCUGUUACAAUUCUUAGCGACAUUAGAGAACAAAGGAAGCCGACGAGUGGAAAGGAAACUAUUGAAUCCACCCCCGUCGUGAAAACACAAUUUGUAUAUAAAAACAUACUCGACCUUGACCUCAGCACGGAUUUUGCUAGUGUCGACCAGAUGGUGGGAAACCUCAUGAGGGAAUGCAAACACCUUCAUCAACGACUCCAGGAGGCUACUCUAUUUCCCGACACGUCGGCUAUUAAAGAUUAUCAAACGCUGAACCCAGAAGGAGCAUCAUUUUGGAAGGAUAGAUUUCAAAAAGAUGAACUCAGCGCCUCGGCUCUUCGCUAUGAGACAUUAUACGUUUCUUGGGCACGCUUCGUCCAUGAGGUAGAAACGUCUUUUAUUCUCAAAAAGAUACCGACUGGGAUUUUUCGAACUGGAAACAUCGACCUCCUUCACAAGCAAGGAUCUCACUAUUGCAUCGAUCGAAGCGGCACGCGUCGUCUUUCCACCAUCCGGCCUCUCUGGCUUCCGGCUCUUCGGUUUGCUCUCGACCCGCUGCACAAGGGUUACGUUAAGCCUCGGGACUAUUUCAAUCUUCUUCACGACUUCUCCUUAUCGGAGACACUUAGAAGAUUGGUCCUCGAAAGCGCAGGCUAUGGUACACUCGUUGAAUGUGAAAGGGCAUCCGGGGAUCUUGCUUUCCCGGCGGCAAUUGAGUCCCCUUCCGAUCACGUCGGCUGGAUCUCCGCUCAAAUCGUUGCCGUUCCAACACCCGAUGAACUUGGAAUCGUUACCGAGCGGGAGGUCAUGGAAUCAAGCAGCGACGAUCUCUUUGCUUACUUUAAUGAUAUUACUCAAGACGUUCACGUUUACGUUCGCUACCUUCAGACCGGUCAAAUCGAGCGUAAGAAUAUCUCAACGCAAGUUCGUCCGAUCGGGGGCAUUUCUAUUGGCGCUGCAUUGUCUAUCCGGCAUGAGCUGGAAUCAGGUGAUCAUGCCUGGAGCUGUGAUCUUCACAUCACCGAGUUCAAGGCAUAUUACGGGGGGCAGUACGUUAUUACGGCGGGCGUGGGUUCAACUUCUAUUGUGUUUUCCACGAGGCCUCUCAAGGCUUCCUUCGAUAAGAUGUUACGCGACGACAACAACUCCUCAACUUCUACCAUACCGGAGUUUGACUGUAUGCUUCUGGGGCCGUCGAAGGUAUUCAUUAACCCACCGAAAGUUGGCGAAAAGGUCCAGAUCGAGUACGACGGAUUUUGGUAUGAUUCGAGAGUCACGGCAGUGGACAGCGAUGAGAUAGAGUAUGUCGACUGGGACAGUUUACCAGAGCAAGUCCCAACCAACAUUACAGAGGCUCAGGACGAUAGUAACUGGGAUGAGGAAGAUAGCGGUAGCUUUUUUUUUUCGGAAGAGCAGUUAACACAACUCGGAAAGGGCACGCGGCGGCUAUGGCGACCAUGGCGGAAAGACAUCAGAAGGUACGACGUUCGGCCUUACCGCUGCUUCCAUAUCGGCGACUCUGUCGAGGCACCCGUCAUGUACCCGGAUUUUCGAUUCCACUAUCAUGUUACCGACAACUCGCAGCUCUACCUUCCUGCUCGAAUUGUUGACGUCCAAGGUGACCAGUAUGUGAUUGAAUUCAGUCCGGCGCUUUCGGUUCAUGGGUGGUGGCCGGGAAGAAUGCCCAAGGGUAAACAAGUGGACCUAGUGCCGGGAUCAGGCAUAAAGGUAGAAAACCCGUUCGACUUUAAUCGCCUGACGGUAGGCAUGGAACAGGUACGUCCUUUCUCUGCGGGGCCGCGACCGGUUUUGGGUGGUCAGUCAGCAAAGCCGUCUGGGUGGAGUUCAUUUCAGGGCGUUCACCUCCGCAACCUUGAGGAUCUUUUGGAGCGGAGUCUUUGGAACGACGACCACGGGGGUCAGCAAACCGGCGGCCAGAGGGACCGGAGCCCAUUUGUGAAUGAGGAAUAA